GCCUCCGCACGCGGAGAUUUAAAGACGGUAAAAUGGGUCGUUGAGAGCUAUUCGUUGGAGGAAUUCCUAACAGAGGUCGUCUCGAGGGCUGCACAUAAGGGCGACAGGCAGAUAUUGACAUAUUUGCGGGAACAUUAUAGCAGUAAUUGCUACUGGAGAGGUGUCGAG